UCGAUGGCUACUGCCACACUUAAACCUGCGGCUAUCCACCAUAAACACAUAUAAAAACAAAAGCAUUUUUCACAAAUCACAUAUUUACAAAUUGGCGAGAUGCCCUUAUUGACCAAUGAACGCCAUAUACAUUAUAAUACACGCCUUGGCCACCUCCUACAGAACACAGCAUCCAACAUACGAAGCUAUCAUGGAUUCCUGUCCACCCAGGCACAACAUUUGCUGGCUCCCGUAAAUCACCUGUGGGACAGAAGCCAACGCUACCGUCUGGUGGCCAGCCACAGCACUGACAAGCGCUGUGCGACGGCCCUACUCUCCGAAUGCCAAGAUGCUCAUCAGUCCAUUUGCCAUAGCAUAUUGCAAAUGAACGAAAUGUUAGAUGCAAUUUCCAGCGAUGUGGCUGACUUUGACAUGGAAUGCAUUUGCUUAAGCAGCGAGCUAGAGCCAGAGCCUUGUCCCAACUCUGUGGCCGAAUGCCGGGAAUGGCUGAAUGAAUCUCUGCACAGUCUGCAAUCUCAACUCAAGUGCCUGGAGAUUGCUUCCCGCCUGUUAUUGCCACCAAUUAUGCAGCAGCAGACGGUGGACGAGUUUAAAACUAAUUUAAAGCUGGGCGAGAACACAGAGGCUUUGCUUUGCAUGGGCCUGGCCAGAGCCGAGCAACAGGCGGUCGUCCCGCUGCUGACUUAUUAAAACACGAGACAGAGAAUUCUGUAUAUUUACGCCAGUCAAUCAAAUAUAUUUUCAUACGAAUAA